CAAUUCUCUCUCAACGGGGUUUGAAUGCACGUGAUCAACCAUGCAAUAAACACCAUUGACCUAACUUAAUUCCUCGAACGUUUAAAUUGAAAAAUUCAAAUUUUACGAAACAAUCGACAAAGUUAUGUCGUCCAAAGAUGGACGACAAGUCACCGGCUAUUAUCUCAGAAGAUCCGCAUGGAAAUUGUGGACAGAUUGGCGGUCUUCCCAACAACCAGCUCGCAAUUAAGCGUAAAAUGCCGCUUGACCUGCGCACGCAGGGGUCGUGAUCUUCUCGAGAAGAAGGUCGACGGUCUCUCGAUUCGUUUUCGCGCGAUUCUGUCGCGGUUGCUCGAAACGAAGCCGCGGCUCGGCGAAGUCAUGAGAGACGCAGCCUUCUCGCUGGCCGAAGUCAAUUUCGUGACAGGUGGUAUAAACGAGCUGGUGCUGCAGACGGUCGACACGGCUAGCACGAGAAUCCAAUCCCGACAGGAAAUCAUUGGUGGAGUUCGAUUGCGGAUUUAUGAGCCCCUUCGUGCCGGCUCCGAUCCCUUCGAGCUCGCCGGUCUGGCCAGAGGAGGUCAACAGGUGGCUAAACUGAAAAAAAAUUACGGCAAAGCGAUCGAGCUGCUUGUGGAGUUGGCGUCGCUGCAGCAUAAUUUUCUAAUCCUCGACCGGGUGAUUAAGACAACUAAACGUCGUGUGAACGCUCUUCGGCAUAUCAUCAUACCCCGAUUGGAACGGACCCUCGUGUACGUGGCUACCGAACUCGACGAGUACGAGAGAGAGGAAUUCUAUCGGCUUAAGAAGGUGCGAGAACAGAAAAUGAAGCGAGAGGGACGUAACCCCGUAUCCCUUCAUCGCACGGCACAAGAUGCGAAUUCGAUCUUCGGUGACGCAGACGAGGAUCUCCUUUUUUAACAACACUGCGGAGGAGCGUAUGAUUGCACGUGUCGGAACGACGUGACGAAGCUUCGAUUUCGAAUUGAACUUCCGCACAUAAUGCACGAUCGAUAUUUCGAUGAUACAUCGACCGAUCGAUUGGACCUGCCGGAAUAUACAGUACA